AAAAAAAAAAUGAUUAUGAUGAUCAGCUGUUAUUUUAAAGGUUUCAGGUUACGUUUUAGUUGUUUAUUUGAGUUGUCAAAACAAUAACAAUGUGUUGUAAAGACGUUGUAUUUUGUAAAGGUUUAAGUGGUAAAACCAUUAGCCUUGAAAAAUAUACACAAAUAUUUACAGCUGCUGGAUUUAAUUGUAAAAUAUUAUCUUCAUUAUCAUUUUUAUUUGUAAAUACUGAUAAACUUAAUAAUUGUUUACAAAAGACUGAUGCAUAUUCUGGUUUUGUAUUUACUAGUCCAAGAGCUGUUGAAGCAGUUCAUCGAGCAAUUAAAGAAAAUGAUAGUAUACAUAAUUUUUGGAAACAACAUCCAGCAUAUUGUGUUGGACCAUCAACUGAAACAACAGCUAAAAAUUUACUUAAAUUAGAAAAUUGUGUUGGUUCUCAUUGUGGUAAUGCUCAUGAUUUAGCUAAAUUAAUAACUCAAAUUCAUAAAAAUAAUAAUAAACCAAUUUUAUAUCCGUGUAGUGCAAUUGCACGUGAUACAAUACAAUUAGUUUUUGAAAAUGAAGGUAUUGCAUUUGAUAAAAUUAUAUCAUACAAUACACUUCCAUCAGAAACAUUAGAAAAUGAUUUGUUAAAUAUUGUCAAUGAUACAGAACAAAUAUUUAUAUUUUUUAGUCCAUCAAUUGUUAAAUUUAUUAUGAACAUUGCUGAAAAACAUAAUUUAAUUAAAAAUAUGAAAUUUGUUGCAAUUGGUGAAGUUACUGGUGAGACAUUAAAACAAUAUGGAGUUGAAAUUCAUGCAAUUGCUGAAAAACCAGAGCCUGAAUCUCUAUUACAGUCGAUUCAAAAUUAAUAAAAAAUAAUUUAAAACAUUUAUUUUCAUUAGUUUUUUUAUCUUUUAAC